UAAAAGUUUUUAUACUGUCUGUACAGCCAAACAAAACCUUAUCGUCACUUUUUUGUCAAAUUUCCCAAUUGCUAUAAAAAAUAAAAUAAAAUCUUUUAAACAAAACCUAACCCUACGACACCGUAUUCUAUCAAUUCUCCCUUAAUUGUCCACCGCCGAUUCCCAAUUAACUCCACCGCCGACCACUGUACACCGCCGUGCCUUUUCUCUCCGCCGUCCUCCGCCGAUCUCUUCUCCGGCGUUAUAUAUAUACACAUUGCCCAUUUCCUUUUACUUGCUAUUUUUACUGUGUGUGGGUCAACUUUCAUGCCCCAGAGUUAUUCCACGGGAUGAUUUCCACGGGAUGAUUGCCACCUCUUGCCAACAAUAGGAAAGUUAAGUUCGUCUUGUUUCAGAGAUAUGUCAUAAGCAGUGAUGGUGGACUACUAUGCAACUACUCCUGGACCAGUUGAGGAUGUUGUGUUGUAUGAUCAAGAUAAACAUGUAUCAUCUGCUGUUUGGGAGGGACAGGAGCGUGGUGCUCUUAGGUGCCAUGAACACACAUCAAAGCUCGAUCAGUGGAUGCUCACAGAGAAACAGGUUGAAUUGGUUAGAAAGGCUGGAUUUGGCUAUUUGAGAAUGAUACCGGCAAUCAGUUUGGAUAACCCACUCAUAUCUGCCCUAGUUGAGAGAUGGAGGAGAGAAACAAACACGUUCCAUUUCACCAUUGGGGAAAUGACUGUGACCCUUGAGGAUGUCGCCUACUUGCUUGGGCUACCAGUUGAUGGUGAAGCUGUUAUAGGUGUGACAUAUACUUCAUGUGAAGCAGUCUGUAUCAGAUUGUUAGGGAAAGCACCUGACUCUGGAUAUAUGAGUGGUGGGAUGGUAAAGCUAAGUUGGUUGAAAGAGAACUUCUCCCAUUGUCCGGAGGAUGCUUCCAUAGAGGAUAUUGAGCGUUGUACGCGUGCUUAUCUUCUUUACCUGGUUGGUAGCACCAUCUUUUCAACUACCACUGGUAACAAAGUACCUGUCAUGUACCUUCCACUGUUUGAAAAUUUUGAUGAAGCUGGCAAGUAUGCUUGGGGUGCUGCAGCCUUAUCCUUCUUGUACAGAGCGCUUGGCAAUGCUUCCCUUAGGUCCCAAAGCACAAUUAGUGGCUGUUUGACACUUUUACAGUGCUGGAGUUACUACCACCUAAAUAUAGGUCGGCCAAAGCUUAAUCAUGAUCCAAUCCAUGAGUGUUUCCCAUUUGUGCUUAGGUGGAAAGGUAAACAAAGCAGUCCAACCUCAAACCGUGAUGUGGCAUUCUACCGAAAAUCAUUGGACUCUAUGAAGCCAAUUGAUGUUGACUGGUGUCCUUACUCAAACAUUAGUCAUACCGUCAUACCAGAAUAUAUAUUGCGCAGUCUCAUUCUGGGGAGAUCAAAGACCAUGUUGGUAUGUUAUGAUAAGGCAGAAAGACACCUUCCAGAUCGUUGCCUACGGCAGUUUGGCAUGCAUCAGACAGUCCCUGAAGAGGUACAGAAGUGGGAGAGGAAGACUCGGGGAGUUGAUGGUGGUGUAGAUCUCUCAGCAAAAAUGGAAUCAGAGCUUAAUGAAUGGUCAAAUCGUCAUCUUUACAUUGUAGAGGCGGAGGAAGAUGUGGAGGAAAGUGAAUACAUGCAGUGGUAUUUGGGAAUUACAAGGAAGUUGGUUGGGAGGCCUGUACCUAUCUCAUCUGAGUUUCAACGAAUGAAUGCUGCACUGAGGGAGAUUGCCCAUAUAACAGACUCCCUUUCAACUCAUGGGAUGGAUGAUCAACAGUUACAAUCUGUCUCAAGAAUCCGAUAUAUUACGUAUGAAUGCCUGAAGGAUCAGGUUGCAAGUCCAGUAGUUGUUGCAGCAAAUUCACAAAGUGAGGCCGGAAAGAGAGUACGUGGAAAGGAGAGAGUAAGAAGGAGAGGGGUGGGAAAACGUAAGCGUAAAGAGGAGGUAGAGCAAUAUUAUGCAGCAGGGAUACCCAUGCAAUCCCGGAUACCUGCUACAACUUUCGAUGUGGAUCCUUCUCACCUGUAUCACAUCAGCAAUGAGGUGGAUAAUUCUCAUUUGUGUAUUUCAGUAAGCGAAGAUGAUCAUGGUCGGAUAUCUCAUAUGGCUCAAAGUGUCGAUGACAUUGAUUUCUGCGAAGAUGCUAAGGAAAUCGAUGAAUCACACUUUCAUCAUCUAACCGGAGAAGAAGAUGGCCAUCUCUCUAGUGAAGUCGCGGAAGCUAAACCUCAUGCUUCAAUGAAUGUCGUCGUUCCUCAAGUUUCCCAUGAAGCUAGAGAGGAUGUUGCACAGCAGAACGAUUACGGGGUUCUUGUUUAGACCAGUAAAGAUGUGAUUUUUCAUUCUGUAAGUGGGAUGACAUUCUUUCUAAGAUCUAUAACCUAAGUUGUGCGGACUCUUCACUUUCAAUGCCGCACCCGUGUCAGAUUCUCCAAAAGUACACUAGCUUUGGCGAAUCCGACACACACCCGUUGACAUUUUUGAAGAGUCUGAGCAACAUGGUCUAUUAACUAUAGUUGGUCUGAUCAAGGUUUUGCUCAUUUUGAUAUUAUUUAGUUGCAAUCCAAGCUUCUCAUCUUUAGGCUUGUUGUAAUUAGUUAGCUAUAGACCUUUAUUGUGGCUUGCUCAAUUCCACCACCCCCCAAUACUUUGAAAGCACAAACAAGUAGUACUUGUGAAUGGUAAUAGUACAUCUUUAUCUUCUUCAA